AUGGGUCCAGUCAAGGAACUUGCACCAAAGGCUGAUGGGCAUGGUACUCGUGUUGCAGCUACGGCAGCAGGGAGUCCAGUGGCAGGUGCAUCUUAUUGUGGGUUAGCAGCAGGAACAGCCAAGGGUGGGUCUCCAGGGUCCAGGAUUGCAGUGUACCGUAUAUGCACGCCUUAUGGAUGUAGUGGAUCGGCUAUUAUGAAAGCAUUUGAUUAUGCCCUUGCGGAUGGGGUUGAUAUCAUAAACCUAUCAAUUGGUCAACCAGCUGCAGCAGAGUUCGAGUUUUCAAGAAAUCCUAUUGCCAUUGGAGCCUUCCAUGCUGUAGAGAAGGGCAUUCUUGUUGUCACCUCUGCUGGAAAUGAUGGCCCUUUACGAGAAACUGUUGUCAAUGUUGUUCCUUGGAUUUUCACAGUUUCUGCUACAACUAUCGACAGGAACAUUGAGACACAUAUUCCCUUGGGCAGGAACAAGCUGAUUAAGGUAUUUAAAAAGAAAAACAAUGUUAUUCUAACCACUAGCUAUCUUUCAAGAACAUCUUUCAAUACAAAUUCUAUAGUGGCACCCAAACUAGGAUCCUUUCCAGGUGCAGUAAUCACUCAAGGGGAUGGCAUAAAGAUUCAUUCGUACAUCAACUCAACAAGGAACUCUGUGGCAACAAUUCUACCAACUGUUAGUAUAGAUAAUUUCAAACAAGCUCCUGUUGUUGCUUUCUUCUCAUCAAGAGGCCCUGCUUAUAAUACUCCAAAACUCCUAAGACCGGACAUUGCAGCACCAGGGACUGCAAUACUUGCAGCUUGGCCAACAAAUGACACAGAAGUGUCUCGGUCCGGUCAAGAACCACCACUAUUCAACAUCCUCUCAGGGACUUCCUUGUCUUGUCCUCAUGUUUCUGCAAUUGCUGCAACACUGAAGUCUCAAAAUCCCACCUGGAGUUCUUCAGCCAUCAGAAUUUAGAUCAGCUAUAAUGACUAUGAGCACGUGAUUUUCGCCCUAUAUGAGAAUCACUCCCAAAAAUUCAAAAUAAAACAAUU